AUUGUGUUGGAGUUUCGUCUCUGAGCGCAUCUAUUGCACCGUGUCUUCCUAGCGCCUUGCCUUAACAACAUGGGCCCCAAUAUAGGCAUCAACGGUUUCGGCAGAAUUGGUAGGAUUGUUCUGAGAGCGGCACUAGCCAAGGGAUUGCCAGUUCUUGCCAUAAAUGACCCAUUCAUCGACCUGGAGUACAUGGUGUACAUGUUCAAGUAAGUCAACGCACCAACGAUUGAGCAUAUUGGUAGAUCAUUUACUACAUGUUGAUUUAGAUGUACCAUCUGUGCCUAAAUUGCAAGAGGCUUGGACGGCAAUGAAAGGCACCAGUCAAAACGCUUGCAUUCGUAUUUUGUCGUAUGAUAAGGAAAGCUUCUAUUAUAUAAUUUACCUCUUUAUUUACACAAAUUGUUUGUAUCUCAUCAACCUCAAGUGUGGUAUGUUUCAUAACAAUUAUAUAUCACUUAAACUUAUAUUGAACACAUUUCUUCCUAAAUCACACUUCUUAAGUUAAUUCCGCGACACUUUGGUCACAUUAAUCCAAUAGGUCAUAUAAAGCCCAUCAUUACUAUUAAUCUCAUUUGUCAUAUAAAGCCCAAGAGUCACAUUAAUAUCAUUUAUCAUAUAAAACCCAUCAGUCACGUUAAUUCCAUUGGUCCCAAUAUCCCAUUGGUCAAUGCACAUACCCCAUUUCCCAUUGGUCAAUGCAUGUUCCCCAUAUCCCAUUCGUCAAGGCAUAUACCACAUUUCCCAUUGGUCAUGCACACUCCACAUAUCACAUUGAACAAAUCACUUUCUCAUAUCCCAUUUGUCAAGCUUAUUAGCCAUAUCCAAUUGACCAAAGUCAAAUCACAUUUAUUUCCAUACCCCCUUGGAAAAAGCACAUUCCCCAUAUCCCAUUGGACAAAGCACAUGCCCCAUUUCCCAUUGGUCAAGCUUAUUAUCCAUAUCCAAAUGACACACAAUCCAAUCACAAUCCCCAUAUCCCAUUGGACAAAUCACAUUCCCAGAUCCCAUUGGUCAACCUUAUUACCCAUAUCCAAAUGACACACAGUCCAAUCACAUUCCCCACAUCACUGGUACCUUUCAGGUACGAUUCCACGCAUGGAACUUUCAACGGAGAAGUUUCAGCGUCAGACGGAAAACUUGUGGUCAAUGGCCGUGAGAUUAAAGUGUCCAACGAAAAGGAUCCCAGCAGUAUCCCAUGGGGUCAGUGGGGUGUGGAUUACGUGGUGGAGUCGACUGGCGUUUUCACAACCAUUGACAAAGCAAAGGCUCACAUCGAGGUAGCCCUUUCUCAAUCCUUCAUCGGCAUUUGAUUUUUAUCAAGAGCGUUUCAUUUAAGAUAUGUGCGUCUGUUAUUAUAGAGACCACCUGAACAUACAUAUCAUAUGUAGUAAAUCACAAAUAUGUGAGAAACGUAUAGUUUAAAAUUUAUACCAAUUGAUAUCACAGACUGUAUUCCUAAACAGACAUGAUAGUAAAGCUAUAUUGUACUUCUUUAAUUCAACCAUUGCAACAGGACAACAGUAUAUAAAAGAAAAUUAUUCAACAAUCGCAACAAUAUGACACCAAUGUUCAACGUUAAACAAACUUUAAUGUUCCACCAUUCAACAUUCGUAUAUCGUUAUGACACCAAUGUUCAACGUUAAACAAAUGUUCCAACAUUCAACAUUCGUCUAUCGUUAUGACACCAAUGUUCAACGUUAAACAAAUGUUCCACCAUUCAACAUUCGUAUAUCAUUAUGACACCAAUGUUCAACGUUAAACAAAUGUUCCAACAUUCAACAUUAGUAUAUCGUUAUGACACCAAUGUUCAACGUUAAACAAAUGUUCCAACAUUCAACAUUCGUCUAUCGUUAUGACACCAAUGUUCAACGUUAAACAAAUGUUCCAACAUUCAACAUUCGUCUAUCGUUAUGACACCAAUGUUCAACGUUAAACAAAUGUUCCAACAUUCAACAUUCGUAUAUCGUUAUGACACCAAUGUUCAACGUUAAACAAAUGUUCCAACAUUCAACAUUCGUCUAUCGUUAUGACACCAAUGUUCAACGUUAAACAAAUGUUCCACCAUUCAACAUUCGUCUAUCGUUAUGACACCAAUGUUCAACGUUAAACAAAUGUUCCACUUUAGGGGGGAGCAAAGAAAGUCAUCAUCUCGGCUCCAUCGGCGGAUGCUCCGAUGUUCGUGAUGGGGGUGAAUCACACCAAGUACACCUCCGACUUGGUGGUAGUGAGCAACGCCUCUUGCACCACCAACUGCCUGGCGCCCCUAGCUAAAGUUAUUCAUGACAAUUUCGGUAUUGUGGAAGGUCAGUAACUCUCUCACUCUCCCUUUCCCUGCGCGGUCUCUCUUUCUCUCUCUCUUUGUGUGUUUUUCUCUCUCUCCCUUUCCCUGCUCUGUCUCUCUUGGUGUGUGUCUCUCUCGCCCCCCUCUCUCUCUCUCCCUUCUCUAUUUCUAUGUGUUUUCUCUCUCCUUAUGUGUUUCUCUCUCCCUUCUGUGUCUCUCUCUCCCUUCUCCCUCUCUUUCUCCGUGUGUGUAUCUCUCACCCUUUAUCUCUAAUUUAAUUACCCCCCCCCCCAUCUCUAUUUUACUUAGUCUACCCUCCCCCCAUGUACCUUGUUCUGUAACAGUGUCCCCCCCCCCUUUUUUUUUCUCUCUUUAUGUACAAUUUCAUUGUUUUAUUUUGACCACUCGACACUAAAAUUUGAUGUUUAUACUAUGAGAUGACUCUAUGCAAGCGGUUCUCAACAUGUGGAUCGCGACCCCUUUGGUGGUCGAACGACCCUUCUACAGGGCUCGCCUCAGACCAACGGACAACAUAUUUACGAAGGAGCGAUGAAAAUAUUUUUAUUUUAUGGCUCCACAACAUUCGGAGCCAUAUUACAAAGUCUCGGCAUUAGGAAGGUUGAGAACCACUGCUCAAUUUAUUCAAAUAGUCUUUUCUUUUUCUACAUCUGACUAUACCACUGCUCCAUUACAUGGCCUUUCAGGCUCACAGGCCAUCUUUGCCCGACUAGGUUCAUAGCUCAUUAAAUACAUACACUAUGUAUAGAGUCAUAGGCCAUCUAUCGCCCAGUUUUACAGGCUGUCUAUUUCCACACGAUGUUGCUAGGCCGUCUAUUCAAGCACUAGGUUCAUAAGGCAUCUACUCCCACACUUUAUAAAAUAAUUUCAUAGGCCAUUAAUAAAUUCUCUAUAAGGUUAAUAAUCCAUCUAUUCCUCAUUAGCUGUAUCUUUCACAAACGUAUUUCUGAAUCUAUAUCUAAAACAUUUUAACACAGGAACACAUUGCGAUUGUGUCCAGUGCUAAAGAAAUGGAAAUUUCACUAGCAACUAUCUUGUUCUUUUGCGGGAAAAGCACGGGGGUUAGUGGUGUUGCCUCACAAGGAAACAGCUUUAGAGCGAAUCAGAUUUACAAGGAAACAGCUUUACAGCGAAUCAGAUUUACAAGGAAACAGCUUUACAUUGAAUCAGCUUUACAGCGAAUCAGGGUUACAAGGAACCAGCUUUACAGCGAAUCAGCUUUACAAGGCAACAGCUUUACAGCGAAUCAGCUUUACAAGGCAACAGCUGUAGAGCGAAUCAGCUUUACAAGGAACCAGCCUAACUUAUGUAUCCCACCAAGCAGAUGACACCCAAGGACGCCAUCUUGGUACGAUUGUCUCUAAUACUAUAAUGAAAUGAUCAUGUGAAUGUCUACUACUUUCGUCGCAGGUUUGAUGACGACUGUUCACGCCACGACAGCCACCCAGAAAACUGUGGAUGGACCAAGUGCCAAGGACUGGCGAGGAGGUUGGUCACAUAGUUUAGUUCAAAGAGCUCUACCACUUCAAAUACAUUGACAGCUGGAUCAAAUCUUUGUUAAGUUCAUUUGACCUAAUCGUCCCCCUAGAAUAACAAUGUCCUAAGUUGAUUGGAUUAAAUAGUCACACAUAGAACAUUGUUAUGCUAAGGGGACGUAGUGUUAAAGUUGAUUUGCCAUAAUGUUAAGUUUGAUGAGCCAUGACGGUUCAAGUUCACAUCAUUAAAGUUGUUGAGCUACUGUCCACCACAGGUCGAGGGGCGGGACAAAAUAUCAUCCCAUCAUCCACGGGUGCAGCCAAGGCCGUGGGUAAAGUGAUCCCCGAGCUGGAUGGCAAACUGACAGGGAUGGCCUUUAGGGUGCCGACCCCCAACGUAUCCGUCGUGGAUCUCACUGUCAGACUAGAGAAAGGUGAGUUACCAGUCAUUGACUGUUAAGCCAGCUACUAGGGGUUACUCAUUACAAUGCGCCAAUCAUUCAAAAUAUUCCAUGGAUUUAGUAAAUACAAUAGAUCAAAUGAAGAUACUUAAAAUUGGGAAAUGUGAAAUGAAAAUGUGUUUCUAAGAUGUCGAUUUUUUUUAUCAACGUAACUCAAAGUUUUAUCAAACAAUAGUCAUAGCUGAAACAUAAAAUAAAGUAAUAUCAACCGUAAAAUUAAUUGGAUGUUUCUUGAAAGAAAAUUCCACUACAACAGACUACAACAGACACAGCUACUGGAAGAAGGACUGGUUUUUUACGGUUGUCCUGAUGCAGGACGUCAGAGUGGCACAUUUUUUUUUUACUCUGUUCGCAAUGUACCAUGUAAGGAUGACUGAUAAAACCGACCAUGACCUAUGUCGUAUGGGAAUCAACAUAAUGAUAAUGUUGUUAUAUCUCAGGAGCUGAUUACGAGUUGAUCAAGAGCCUCAUCAAAGCCUCAUCGGAGGGUGACAUGAAAGGCAUCAUUGGAUAUACAGAGGACGACAUUGUGUCUACGGACGUGUGUGGGGAGACAUACAGGUAAAACUUCUGUGGGGAGGCUUACAAGUAAAACCUGUGUGUGUGGAGACAUACAGGAAAAACUUCUGUCGGUAGCCUUAAAACUUGUGUGUGUAGAGAAAUAAAGGUAAAACUUCUGUGGGGAGAUUUACAGGUAAAUCUUAUGUGGGGAUAUUAUAGGUAAACCUUAUUUGGGGAGACUUACAGGUAAAGCUUGUAGGGAGACACAGGUAAACAAUACGUGGGAAGAUUUACUUUGAAAUCUAUGUGGGGAGAUUUACAGGUAAAUAACCUGUGUGGCGAUUUACAGGUAAAAAUGUUAUGUGGGGAUACUUACAUCCUACUUAACUUACAGGUAAAACUUCUAUGGGGAGAAAUACGGGUAAAACCUCUAUGGGGAUAACUACAUAGGUAAACUUGAGGAGGUGAGAAUUACAGGCAAAAUUUCUAUAGGAAGAUUUACAGGUAAAAAUUCUAUGAGUAAACUUGGGUAAAAGCUAUGGGGAGUUUUACAGGUAAAACUUCGGUGGCGCGCUUUCAGGUAAAACAUAUAUGAGGAGUGUUUUUGGGAGGAUAAUUCCAUUGAAAAAGUCUGGGGGAAGGUUUAAUUUUCAGAAAGGAAGACAUUUCGGGGAAGCUUUCUUAGCUUUUAAAGAAACCCAAAACGUAAGGUUAAAAAGAAUCAUAAAAUAAACUAAAAACUUAGCACGUCAAAUGUCAGACGGUAUGAAAAAGAAAUGUUGUUCAAGCUCUAGUCAACGGUGAGGACGCAGGUGGCAUGCUAGUGCAAUUUAUGUCUGGAAAGCUUUCCCGCACGAAGGACACACGUUGUUUUGGUCGUAGUUGGAUUGAAGUCCAUUCUGCUUUUCCUUGCCGUGCGCUUUCUUCGGGUACGUUUACUCUCCGAGGAUUGUGCUCCAACAGUGAAUUUGCCUCGCCAGCUUGUACGAUCCAUAGCAAGAAUUCUCAACGAAUUAAGGUCGAUGUUCAUGGAUCUGUGUGAAGCUCAGAGACAUUCUUUAACGCGUUUUUUUUUUGUUGUGUGCCCACCAGCUGAACGUUGCCCUAUGGAGAGUUCACCGAAAAUUAUUUGUUUAGAAAAUCUGCUGUCUGGAAUUCUCACAACAUGUCUGCCAAUCGGGCUGGUCCCUUUUUAGGACCGGAUGGAUGGUCAUAAAGUCGGCCCAUUGUAGGACCUCUGUAUAAGACACAUUGUCCCGCAGCCUAUUGCCAAGAAUUGUACGUAGCCAUGCAGCGUAGGUGGAGACGUUUUUUUGUGUCUAGCAUGUCUGUUGUACACUGUCCACGUCUUUCUAGCGUAUAGGAGAGAUGUAAAUACGAUUGCCCUCCAUACUUUCAGCUUAGUGACAAGACUAAGACCCAUCGCUCCCAGACACUCUUGCGGAGCCUUCCACUUCCAUGUGAAACAUUUGCUUUGGAAAUUCGGUUGUUGAGCUCAUCAUCUAUUGUUAUCGCUUUGUAGAGCAUGUUAGCACAAAUAUGUGAUUUUUUACACUGCUUUGAGAUUCUGUCCAUCACUGAUAUGUUAGGUUCUUAAUAAGCUUUUCCUGGAGCUAGCUGGUGCAUAAUCUCUGGGGUUUUCCGUCUUGAUGGCGAGGCUGUAGGUGUCUCAGGCCUUAGCAAAGCGGUCAAGGUAUUUGCUUGCAUUUAGGACGCAGUCAUCAGCAAAUAAGAGGUCUCGAAUAACUGCCUCUUUAACUUUCGGAAAAGAAAGUACUGUUAUAUCUUAACUUCUUCUUCUAUAAAUAUUAAGGGCCCACGAUCAAUGUAUUGAUCAUUCUGGCUCCUACGUAUAUAGAGGGGAAUAUAUUUUGUUUCAGUUCCAUACCAAGGCUGGGAUAAGUCUAAAGGAUAAUGUUUUCUGUUUCAGUUCCCUUUUCGAUGCCAAGGCUGGGAUAAGUCUAAAUGAUACUGUAUUUUGUUUCAGUUACCUGUUCGAUGCCAAGCCCGGGAUAAGUCUGAAUGAUACUGUAUUUUGUUUCAGUUCUAUGUUCGAUGCCAAGGCUGGGAUAAGUCUAAAUGAUCAUGUAUUCUGUUUCAGCUCCUUGUUCGAUGCCAAGGCUGAGAUAAGUCUAAAUGAUCAUGUAUUCUGUUUCAGUUCCCUGUUCCAUGCCAAGGCUGGGAUAAGUUUAAAUGAUCAUGCAUUCUGUUUCAGUUCCCUGUUCGAUGCCAAGGCUGGGAUAAGUCUGAAUGAUAAUUUUGUCAAGCUGAUCAGUUGGUACGACAACGAGAUGGGCUACAGCACUAGACUGGUGGAGCUGAUUGCUUAUAUGAACACAGUGGACAAUUAGUGGUGGUUGUAAACUGAUGGUCAAGGGAUUAUCCAGCGAUGACCAAUGUGAUGGUCAGGGCAUGGUCCAGUCUUUGUCAAGUAAUGGUGGGAUGGUAUAGAUCAGAUCUUUGGAAACAACUAGUCGGCCAGUAGUAGAUGUUUAGGUGACGCUUAAAAUUAAGGACAUGUUGGUUUACACAAAUUGGCCAUCCGAAUAAUGGCACACUCGAUUUUUAGUGUUACUAUGGCAAAAGACAUUCCUAAGAACAUGACUCUGGUAGUGUGGUGGUCGUGGUUUUUUUCAUUUCAGCAUGGGAGUGGUAAGCACGGUCGUGACUACCUACCAUUAAAGUAGAUAAGUGUGCAAGUAAUGUAUCAUGAUACCAGUCAAUAUUGCAUUCUGAAACUUCUAAAACUUAAAGGGUUAUCGACAAAAACAGAGACAUACUAUUUGUAUAUACAAUGCUCGUGGGAUGAAGUGGUUUGAUCAACUUCGCGUUUUCCAUCAGAUGAUUUCUCCAAAGUGCUGUAGAGUGGGCGUAGGAAUAUUGACAAUGAAAUGGCAAUGAAUGAACCAAGAAGUCUGAUUAAAUACAUUUUCCAUUUGACAUCCUCAAGUGUUUAAUAUACCUGUAUACACCAAAUGUUUGAUAUACCCGUAUACACUUGCUAAUAAAAGAGGAACAUUUUAGUACUACGUUAUUUUGAUGUCUUUGACAUUAAAUCUUUUCACAGUAAAAAAAAA